AUGGCAGAAUACCCCGACGUCCACCACGCCAAGGUCAACGUGAACGGCGCUGAGAUGAACGCCUACGACGCCGUGAAGAUCAAGGCGUGGCUCAGAGGGGACGUCAUAUCUACAGUGCUGCAGCGCGGCGCCGCCGUCAUCAAGGCCAGGGUGCUGUCCAGCGUCAUGUCUGCCGCCAAGGCCGUCUGUAACCACAUGAGGGACAUCUGGUUCAGCACCAACGAGGGCGAGUUCAUCUCCAUGGGCGUGUACGCUAAAGGAAACUCCUACGGCAUCCCAGUGGACCUCGUCUACUCCUUCCCCAUUCAGAUCAAGAAAAAGAUGAAUUAA